GAUGGUUCAAACAAAAGGGUUAAAGAUACUACUUCAACAUAAAUUUUGGCUGUGUGAACAUAUUUUCUUCUGAACUAGCACGUCGCAACUAUGGCCAUAAAGACAUUUACCGUACUCGAAAACAACCCAGAGGUGAUGAACCAGCUUGCAUACAAACUCGGCCUCUCACAAGACCUUGCAUUUUAUGACGUAUACUCGCUCACCAACCCCGACCUCCUCGCGAUAAUCCCACGCCCAGUUUUCGCAUUGCUGGUCAUCAUUCCCUUGUCUGAUGCCUGGCAUAAAGAUCGUGAAGAGGAAGACGGCCCCAAGCAGAUUUACCAAGGAGUUGGUCCCGAUGAGCCCGUUGUUUGGUUCAAGCAGACAAUAAACCACGCAUGUGGUUCCAUCGGACUGCUUCACUCGGUUCUCAACAGCCAGGCCGCAGAUUAUAUCAAACCAGGGAGCGAUUUUGACAAGAUACUCCUGGAUGCUAUCCCGUUGCGCUGGGCUGAGAGGGCGAAUAUGCUAUCGGAAUCGGAGCCAUUUGAGGUAGCACACGAGGCCGUUGCACAGCUUGGUGACACACAUCCUCCCACCGCCGAGGCAGCGGAUAAGUUGGGCCAGCACUUUGUCAGUUUCGUGAAGGCAAAAGAUGGACAUCUGUGGGAGCUGGAAGGGUCGAGGAAAGGCCCUUUGGACAGGGGAGCGUUGGCGGAAGAUGAAGAUGCUUUGAGUCCGAGAGCCCUGGAGUUGGGGCUGGGAAGGUUGAUUGAUAUGGAGCGGAACUCAGGGGGGGAUCUGAGGUUCUCCUGCAUUGCUCUGGCUCCGAGGCAAGAAUGAAAUUGGGUUGCCCGUUGUUACUCAUAUUCAAUACUCAAAAGAAAUGAUAGAGCACAGUGAGUGUUUUAGAGCUAGCCCUGUAACUAUGGAGUCGCUCCAGUUGCAGGAUCGGUCAUUCACACAAUGCCAUGCACUUGAUUUAUUCCGCCAGGGAAAAGUUGACCACAUUAAUUAUGUGCAGGCCCGCCACCCAUCUACACUUUUAUCUAGUAGCAC